ACCACCUUGUAUCUCUCUUCUACUUCUUCUUCUUUAUUAUAUUUCCUAGUUUACGGGAAAAAGAAUGAGGCCUGGAGCUGGGUUCAACGAGACGGCGCCGGCGAGCGGCGGAGGGGGGCACUCGGGGUGGCACUCGCCGGUGCCGUACCUCUUCGGGGGGCUGGCGGCGAUGUUGGGCCUCAUCGCCUUCGCCCUUCUCAUCCUCGCCUGCUCCUAUUGGAAGCUGUCCGGCUACCUUGACAGCGGGAGCGCCGGCGGAGGGGAUGGCGGCGACGGCGGGCCCGACGGCAAGGCCGCGGCCACCACCGCCGCUCCUGCCGCCACCUUCUACGAGGAGAAGAUCGUAGUCAUCAUGGCCGGCGAAGAUAAGCCGACGUUCCUCGCGACGCCCAUGUCGAGUCGGGCUUCUUCUUUCGGGGAUAAUAAUGGCAGCGAGAAGACCAAGGAUGAGGAGGAGAAGAGGAGUGGGGAUUCUGUGGAGACCCAAAACAAGACCCUCAACGAGAUCCAGAACCAAAGCCAGAGCGACGACCAGAACGCAGAACCAGAGCAGUGAUCUCUCCCUCUCUCUCUCUCCCUCCAUCUCCCCCUCCCCUCCCCCUCCCCUUUUUUUUUGGCUCUUUUUCCUUUUUCUGAUGAACUUUUUUUGCGGGAAGUGUAAAUUUUUUUUUGAAGAGUUGAAUGGAAG